CCCACGCCCGCCGCUAUGGCUACCAGCCCGCCGACUCACGCAGCCGCUACGGUUACUAGCCUGCAGCCCCCAGCGCCCACGCCCCUUUCACUAUCUCGCGGCAGCUGGCGAGGCCUCGCUUCCGGCCUGCUCACUUCCGGGCCUAGCGUCACUUCCGCCUCCCUGGCGAGGCUCCGGCCUCGGGUCCGGAUGCGUAAGGUUCGGCCCCUUGUGGGGAGCGGUGGUGAGUCCGAGAGUGCCAUAGCGGCCCUGCCCCUGCCCCUGGUGGGCGCCACGCUAGGGGGAGGGGUUAGCCCACCCCCUCCUGCCCGGGGCCUCACGCGGGUGGGAAGGGACAGUCCCAGCGACAGACCCGGCGCCUGGACGCGCCGUGGCCCCGUGGGUGGACGACGGGGACGGGCUCCGGUACUGAGCGCCUCCCGUGUCCCCAGCAGCACUGACCCACUUGCAGACCCCGGAGCUGAGCCGCCAGCCAUGGCCGCUCCCCGCGGGAGGGCCGCGCCCUGGACGACGGCCCUGCUGCUGCUCCUGACCUCGCAGAUCCUGUCCCCGGGGAGCUGCGCGGACGAGGAGGAGGUCCCCGAGGAGUGGGUGCUCCUGCACGUCGUCCAAGGCCAGAUAGGCGCCGGGAAUUACAGCUACUUGCGGCUGAACCACGAGGGCAAGAUAGUCCUCAGGAUGCGCAGCCUCAAGGGCGAUGCGGACCUGUACGUCUCGGCCAGCAGCCUGCACCCCAGCUUCGACGACUACGAGCUGCAGUCGGCCACCUGCGGCCCGGACGCUGUGUCCAUCCCCGCGCACUUCCGGCGCCCAGUGGGCAUCGGCGUCUACGGACACCCAUCCCACCUGGAGAGCGAGUUCGAGAUGAAGGUGUACUACGACGGCACGGUCGAGCAGCACCCGUUCGGCGAGUCCGCCUACCCCGCCGACGGUGCAGAUGCCGGCCAGAAGCACGCUCGUGCCCCGGAAGACGCCUCGCAAGAGGAGGAAUCUGUUCUCUGGACGAUAUUAAUUAGCAUUUUGAAACUGGUACUUGAAAUUCUCUUUUGAGUCAUUGACCACGCUCUGGGGUAUAAAACCCUCCGUCUGUGAAGCUGAUUGCAGUUUGCUGUGAACCUUGGUACUUGUACUUGGUUGAAGUUCUAGUUACCUUUUUCUAGUCAAGGGAUGGAAAAAUAAAGCCAUACACAGUUUUGUUACCUCAGUUACCCCCAAAAAUAGGAAAAGCAGCAAGCACAGUAUUUUCUUUUAAAUAUCAAAAUUCCUGUAAAAGGACUGUGCACAAUAAAGUGUUUAGACUCCAUUUUCAUUAGGCAGGUUGACUAAAAAUGAUUGCAGUAACUUAGGUUUAUAUAUUAAAAAAAAAGUAGAGCAACCUUUCAUGCUGUGACACAGAUCAAAGGUUGAUACUUUGUAAUUUUACUCUGGAGAUUCUAAGCGAAGUUCAAGGUGUACGUUUUCAAGAGGUACUAAAAUCAAGUUGGAAAUGAUUUAUGUACACUUCCCUGAGCCUGGACUAAAGCCUCGUGCCUGUACCCCAAGUAGGGAUGGUACUUUUCUAUACAAAAGUGAUUUCCUGGCAGGCAGGUAUUUACAAACUGUGUUCCUGUACCAGUCCAAUAAUGACAACUCUAAAUCCAGCUGCACCAAAUCUUAUUAGGCCAUUUGUCAUACCUAUGAAAAUUCUUUAGUUAUUAAAUAACUUUGUUAAUGCUACCUAUGGUAGGCCAGAAACAAUGUAGAUUAGGAAGUUUCAUGAAAAUUAACUUUUGGGGCUAUGGAGAAAUAGUUAAGUAUCUUAAGUUGCUAAACAUUUCCACUGAAUUUUUGGAGUGAGCCAGGGUUACUAUAAAAUACUUCGGAAGAUGAUUUCUCUACCUGGAAUUAGUUUGGAGGGUAAGAGUAGGUUUUAACAGAAAUAAAUCAACUGCAGAUUUUAAGCUCAUAAUUUGCAAAAAAAAAAUCUUUUAUUGGCAUAAAAAUGAAAAUGUUGUAAAUAAAUUGGCACCAAAUGUUCCACUUAAAUGCAUACACAGUAUUAGAGUCAAAAACUAUUUUAUCCCUCUUUGCUGUUUUUCCCCCUUCUGCCCACUUUCCUGGGUGUUGGGGGGGCCCGCUGACAACAGUCACAAAUCCAGCGACCUAGGAAAAAAAUUGUUAAUAUGGAAUGAAAAAUUAUCUUUACAGGACUGAAUUUUAAGCCCAUCUAAACUCUUCUUCCUUAGCUAUCACUAAUGAUAUUCCUCUGUGGAUUUUGUAGUGAGAAGGGCACUAUGAGUUCCUUAAUUUAAGGAGAAAAAUAUAAACUUGUAAUCAAUGCCAUGCAAAAUUCAUUGCAAGUCAAGGGGGAUGGGAGAAAUGCAAUGCCAUACAGUGAUACGGACCUUUAAAAAAGUACAACAUUUCCUGAAAUUCAAACACUAUCAUACUUCUAAAGUUCAAUACAUACUUCAAAAGUUCAAACCCCAUUCUGGAAUUUGGCUUUUUUAAGCCUUUUUCUCUCCUGCUCACUGGCAGCUGUGUGUCUUAACAGCAUUCUUUCAAGUCCUGGUGUACUCUGCUGACAGCACUUUAAAACUUUUAAGUUUCUAACAGCACAAUGAUAAAUUGUACUACAUACUUGAUCUGAAUUACUACAGAAAAAUAAUUAUGUUGCUUGCUUAAUGAUUCCCAGGAAACUUCGUUGUAGGCAUAUAUUUUAUAAGAGUAUUAUACAGUGUUAACUAUGCAAGUAAGUUCUAAAAUUACACAAUUAUCUGUGUAAUGUUUUAGUCCAAUUACUGUGAUUUAUUCAACUCUGUUCUAAAGUUACCUGGAAUUGUCAUGCUGCCUCAAUUUACAGAAAUCUGUAAUCGAUUUCUAUAGAAAUGUAUAAAGACGUAGUCAUUUUGUUAAGUUUCUAAAUAGAUAACAUAAAAA